CUCUAUAAAGAAAAUAUGCAUUCCCUCUGACUUCACUGCAGCAGCACCUUCCCUUCCAACACAGGAAAUCUUCAGAGCAUCUGUCAGACAUCUCUCUCCACCAAAGAAGUGGGUGUUAGAACCAGCACAUCCUGCUGGCAACAGCGAUAAAGAUGGCUGGCCUGUGCUGGACGGCCGUGGUGCUAGCCUUGUUUCUGUCUACUGGACGAAGUUCGGCUGCUGUGGACCAGAACUGGCUCACCAGUGUCAUAGAAGGCAUCAAGAAGGAGUAUGACCUAGGUGACACCUUCAGUCUGACAGCGAACAUCCCACAGGACCAAGACAUAAAUAAUCUUCAGCAGGUCUUUCAGGGUGACCCUGCAGACACAGUGAAACAAACUGUUUCAAAGGGUGAAGUGUACCAAGGCACCAGGAUAUUGGCAGCAACAGGUUCAAAGGCACUAUCACGUGUUCUAGAAAACAUGCAACCCCUCAUCAACAGCAGUCAGGGUAAUUUCCUCGUCAUCUACUCUGAAGAGUCCCCAAGUGCCAAUGAGGACAACAUCACUGGCAAGAUAAACGAUGUCAUUCAGAACUGGAAAGGUUAUGCAUUUGUGUUUUCUAAAGUAGUUGAUGUUCCUACCGCAAACAAGUCUCAACUGGCUGAAUCCUUUAAACAACUUGGGGUAGCUAAACUUGGGCUUGACAACAUCUUCCGUUGUUAUAAACCUGGAAAUGAUCCUUUUCAGUGCACAAGCUGCUCCUCAGGUGCAGAUGUUACGCCCUCAUGUGUUGCAAACGAUGCCCCAACAAAUCAAGAACAGGGCGUAGGUGAGGAACAAAUUACGACCCCACCAACAGGCACAGACACGGGCAAAGAAAUAGCACCAAGUGAAGGUAUAGUGCCAGGUGAAGGAACAGCACCAGGUGAAGGUAUAGCACCAGGUGAAGGAACAGCCCCAGGUGAAGGAACAGCCCCAGGUGAAGGAACAGCACCAGGUAAAGGAACAGCCCCAGGUGAAGGUAUAGCACCAGGUGAAGGAACAGCCCCAGGUGAAGGUAUAGCACCAGGUGAAGGAACAGCCCCAGGUGAAAGUAUAGCACCAGGUGAAGGAACAGCCCCAGGUGAAGGAACAGCACCAGGUGAAGGAACAGCACCAGGUAAAGGAACAGCCCCAGGUGAAGGUAUAGCACCAGGUGAAGGAACAGCCCCAGGUGAAGGUAUAGCACCAGGUAAAGGAACAGCACCAGGUGAAGGAACAGCCCCAGGUGAAGGUAUAGCACCAGGUGAAGGAACAGCACCAGGUAAAGGAACAGCACCAGGAGUCAGCAGACAUGGAAAAGGUGGCAAGAUUAGGAGACAAUGCAAGCGAAGAGGAGGCUGCAAGCGCAGAGGACGUGGCAGGCGUGGAAAAGGUGGCAAGGUUAGGAGACAAAGCAAGCGUAAAGGUGGCAAGCGCAGAGGAGUCAGAAGGCGUGGAAGAGGUGGCAAGAUUAGGAGACAACGCAAGCGUAAAGGUGGCAAGCGCAGAGGAGUCAGAAGGCGUGGAAGAGGUGGCAAGAUUGGAAGACAACGCAAGCGUAAAGGUGGCAAGCGCAGAGGAGUCAGAAGGCGUGGAAGAGGUGGCAAGAUUAGGAGACAACGCAAGCGUAAAGGUGGCAAGCGCAGAGGAGUCAGAAGGCGUGGAAGAGGUGGCAAGGUUAAGAGACGAAGUAUGCUUAAAAGAGGCAAGCGCAGGCGAGGCGGCAGGCGUGGAAAAGCCGGCAGGGUUAGGACAGGGCGCAAACAAAAAAGAGGAGGCAGAGGUAGAGGAUGGGGUAAGCCUCGAGGAGGACGCAGAAGCAAAGGUAAAGGAUGGGGAAUGGGUAGAAGCCGCGGUAAACGUAGAGGAGGUGGUAGAAGCCGGAGUAAGCGUCGAGGCAGGCGUAGUUGGGGACUGCAAUGAUACAGGUAACAUAACUUGUUACCUGAGAAUCUAAGCAGCAGCCCAAUGAAGCUGACGGAGACAAAACAAUACCUUACACUCAAUAAAAUUUUGCUUUUUUUUUUAAAUCUCUCAUAGAUUUCAUGACUCCGUUCUGACGUUUUAUACUGCCUAUGCAUCUAUAUUACGCCUGAGUUUUGGCACAGAUACUGAAUAGGAUCCUUUUUUUUUUUCUAACUUUCAAAAAGAUUAACCUGGUCGUAUUCAAUAUUUUUCUUAUUGUCAGACCAAAAGAAGCAAUGUAUGAAUCUACUAACAAGUGUGCUAGAUCUUCUUUCUCUGUGCCACAGCGGAGCUCCAUUGUUGCUAAAAACACAUCAGUGAGCCACACUAUUGCAUUGGGGGACAUGCUCCUCAAUUAACAUGAACACACACACUGCUGCUUAUUUUGACCAAAUGCCACAAAAACCAUCACGCUGCCACAAAUACUAACGAGAGCACCAAAUGUGGAUUUCAAGCACCAGGGCUGCGGCCAGAGUCAGGUUAAGGAAGUCAGAAAAUAUUUAGAGUAGGGAUGGGCAUUUUCAGUAAUUUUAAUGUUCAAGAAUUUGUACUUGAGUAUUUGCAAAAAAAUAAAAUAAAUAAAUUUUAAAAAGCCAUUUAUUUAACUAACCAUGGAUUCAAUGACAACAUAAACAAAUGAGUUUACUGAUACUGUCAUGCUGACCUUUAUUUCAUUAAAAUUCAACGUGGAUCUUUUUUUUUCACUAGAUGCUUCUGCAAUUAGUGUACAUGAUUGCCAAAAAAUUGUUUCGAUUUUUUUUUGGGCUUCUGAAGGGGGGCAUGACAGAAACAAUUUACGAACCACUCGGUUAGAUGUAGCACUGAAAGACCAUCUCCGAGCCACACUCCUCCUGGUCAGUUCAAAGACUGUACGGUUAGCAUGCGAUAACACUGCAGCAGCUGCUAACAUCUGUAACCAAGUCAUUUAACACUCCCAACAAACUCACAUCAACACCGAACAGUUGGAUUAGAACAAGUCGUUUUCAAAAAUAUUCAUCCACUGAUUUACAGAUGUCUUUUUUUUUUUUUUACAAUGUAAGUCUUUAGGAAGAAAGUUUCUGGAGCUCACAUUCCUGCAGCAGUAGUCUCCAGUGUGUCAUGAUAAACAGAGCGAGUGACAGUGGGGCAAAGAGCUGCUGAGCGAAGCAAUGCGCUGCGUACGGCUCCAUGGUGCAAUAAGAUUUUAUCCAUGUUAAAUAAAAAACAGAAAAGUCAUGUUCACAUUUGGUUGGUUGGGCAGUGAUUACUGUAUAUGUUGAACUAAUACUGAUGUCCAAAUCUUGUAAUAGAGUACUCAUGCCCAUCUGUGAUUUAGAGAUUGACUUACACAUAGUUGGUUUUGGUCUUUGCACGGGAUUUGUUCACAAUAAUCAAAAUAUAGAAUAUCAUCAGCCUAUCCCUGAAAGCUCACUGUAGCCCAUGAAGUAAUUAAUCAUGGUCAGCAGACUAAUGACCGUUUUUUACACCUGCUGCUGCAGACAGUUCAUUCACUCAAAAGGUACUGAGCUUUGUACAGUUCCCUUCAGGUGCUUAUGAACCCAAACUAUUCCACAAUAGUACAGCCAGUGUGUUUUAGUUGGGCCAAAGCAAAAUGGCAGAUCUCUUUUUUCCUUUUUUACUUGUUCUUAAUUUGUUUCUUUUAACAACCAAACAUCAAGCACCUCUGAGCCGUGAUUUCAACAUUAUGAAUUGCUUUUACAUGUGCCUAAAUUAAGCCAAUUAAAAUAAGAGACUCUUCUAGGUUUGAAAAGGCCAAAAAUGACUUGGGGUGAAUAUAGAGUUCAAACAAUACCAUAGUCUGAGCCAAUUCCCAGGUUGACAUUAAUCCAAGUAAGUCCCAGCCCAUUUGCUGGUACUAUGGAGUUAUUUGAAAUAGUUAAACAUGGAAAACAAAAGUAGCUCAUUCGCAGUGUCACAAUCAAGAAAAAAAAAUGCAAAGUGUAUUUCUUUGGUUUGUUUUAUCUGCAAAUUAGGCCCUUGGUCUCAAUGUGUUAAAGCCUGAGUUGCAACCAGUUCACCUGAAUAUGUGACCUCAGUGUCUUUCUAUUAGUGACACAGAGCAUUGACCGCUUACGCCAUUUAGCUGAUGAGGAAACAUUCACUGAAGGUGAAUGGGAGUAAUGACUGAGACAAAGAAGAAGAAAGGGAGGGUAAAUGUAAAUCAAGCUCAGUAUCUUUAGUACUUACAAACUUGUACUUUGUACUUCUGUAAAACCAAGCCUGCUGAUGUUCUGUUCUUUCUGAUUAAAGCUUGGCUCAGCA